ACAUGAGACUGAAUCGACGUAGGCUAGCGAGAGUGGCGUGCAAUCGUGCGUAUAUUUACUACAGAAGGGGAAUUCGGGGAGAAACUGGGAGAACCCCCCUACCUCCCCUUUCAACCCGAGCUCCGUCGCGAUCGAAGCGCGCCCACAUUGAGCGUAGUGGUUGCCGCAUUCGGGCGCAGUCCUCUCGAAAUAGAAAAAUACCGUAAUGGAGUUAAAAGGAAAGGUGGCGUUAAUAACCGGGGCUGCGGCCGGCAUCGGGCUCGCCUACAGCGAGGAGCUACUCAAGCAAGGAGCGAAGGUGUCGUUAUGCGAUAUUGAUUCUGAAAUCGGAGAGCAGGUGGCCGACGAACUCGGCGUGAAGUAUGGCCGGAAAAAUGUGUUGUUUUGCCAGUGUGACGUCACCGACUACCCUCAAUACGAAGAGGCCUUCGAAAUGACAAUAAAGGUGUUCAACCGGCUUGACAUCGUUAUCAACAACGCUGGCGUUAUGAAUGAUAGAUUUUGGGAACUUGAAGUCGAUGUUAAUUUGAAUGGAGUAAUCCGUGGCACACUGCUCGCCUAUCGGUUUAUGGGCAAGGACCGAGGCGGUCAGGGCGGCACCAUAGUGAACACGGCGUCAACUGCCUUCGCUAGACCGCAGGUGUCGACUCCGAUCUACACUGCCACUAAUUACGCUGUCGUUGGUCUUACAAGGUCAUAUGGGGACCAAUACCAUGUAAACCUCACCGGUGUGAGAAGCAUAGCGCUCUGCCCGGGGCUCACGGACACUGGCCUCGUGAAGGAAAUCCGCAAGCAGCUGAUGUCUUCCGACUACGAAGCUGCCUGGCAGAGGGACAACGCCAACUGCAAGGCACAGAGCGCCGAACACGUGGCCAGGACUCUGAUCGACGUUCUGAUGAAGGCUCAAAGCGGCUCAGUCUGGAUCGUGGAGAACGGACAACCGCCGAGGGAGUGGCGCGGUUAAGCCAGUCUUAUGCAGAUUGGUCGGGAACCAGACCCGUGUUGAGUCAAAUCAAAUCCUAGUAUUUUCUAUGAAGAUCAU